AGUAAAGAGAUAAAAGGGAAUAGGUGGGGACCCAAGUUCUGGGAAGCUCUCCUACCCUUCCUGAUGGUUGUCUCACACUCUGGCCUCCGGGCUCCUCCUUCAGUCUCAUUCCUUCAGUUUCCGGUCUGGAAUUUCUCCGAUUUGGGCCCUCGUUCACUUGGUUCUUCCACAUUUCCACGUUAGAGUCGUUCGCUUUCCUGCAGCCAUCGUUAUUUAACAUCACACAUACCCAGUUCUCCAUCGAUCCACGUUUUCAUGAUUUGCUUUUCCAUCCUCCCGUCUAUGCUGUUUGUAGCAGUGUGGCUGCUUACUGUGCCCGGGGGGUAGUUUGAAAGGGUUUUACCCUGCCCUCCUUAGCCCCCUCUUGCAGACCCCGGAAGUACUCCACAUCGCCUAGGCUUGACUGGCCAAUAAAGUUCACGCAAACCUCAGAGUCCUUAACUGCAAAAUAAUCCAAAACAGUCUUCAAGGAAGCCCCCAGUCAUGAGUGCCACUUGCUUCCGUCAGCUCUCUCUGGCUGGAGCCCAGCCCUUUGGCCCUAAUUCCAAGUUUGUGUGCGUGCGUUCCUUCCUUUCCUUUCUCUCUCUCAACCAGAUACACCUCUGCAUCUUCCUCCUGCCUUUUAUAUUAGACCACCUGGUUCCCCUCAGGUGGGCGCCAUCCUGUAAUCAGGAUUGGUUUAGCCCCAAGCUCUCCAGCCUAUGGGCAAGGCACCCUGUUAGUUAUCAAACUAACGCACCGUCCUCCUUCUUUGCCAUUCAGCAAUUGGCCUCGUGUUUUGGUAUCAUCGUCCGCUCCGCAUGGGUCAUCCUCAGUUAUUUGUUGUCACCUUGAUUUUAGCUACUGCUUCUCACUGAGGUGCCAACGGGAGAGCUCUCGCCCGUCAGCUUAGAGCAUCUCCUCAAAGUGCUACCCUGCCCUGUCAGCAUAUUUUAAGCUUUUCCAAAUGUGGGUUUUCAGGGGACCUUUGCCAACAUCUAGCAUCCUGCUUGGCAAACCAUUGAAAAGCCUUGUCUGUAAUUUUGCCUGUUGCGUUUUGGAGGUACUUCAUUUGGCGUUAGGGCCUAGAUACUGAAUUGUUCCCCAGCCACGCGGUACGUACAGCAGGCUCCUCCACCGGGAAGUGGCUUUUGAGAGAGGGAGCAUGGAUGCCCUUUCCUACCUGAUAAUGCCCCCCUCUGUGUUUGUUCCCCCUCCCAGGACCGUCUCCAUCUGCUGCCGCUCAAGGGAGACUCGCCCAAUCGACCCGCCUGGCCACUCCGGCGUCUCAAGCCUGGAUUAAGCGAAUGGGUCGCGGUUCAGUGCCCUCGAUCGGCCGCCGUUGGAAAGCUUGUGUGCGUGCCGAAGAUUCCCACCGCUGCCCCCUGGCCUGAGGAGACGGGGAGGGGCCCUGCGUGCUCAUCCAGGAAGACCCGCCCUCCCCGCCCCCAUCAAAGGCGGUUCCCAUCCUCUUCUUCCUCACGCCAGUGAGAUCUGAAGGCGGGGCGUCAGCAAGGGCAGAGCCAUGGAUGAGGGGUUCAGGGACCGCACGGCCUUCAUCCGGGGGGCGAAGGACAUUGCCAAGGAGGUGAAGAAGCAUGCCACUAAGAAGGUGGGCAAGGGCGUGGACCGCGUGCAGGACGAAUACACCAAGCGCUCCUACUCCCGUUUCGAGGAGGACGACGACGAGGAGGAUUACCAGCCCCAGGACGGCUACUACCGUGGCGAGUCGGCCAACGACGAGGAAGGGGCCUCCAGCGAUGCCACCGAAGGGCACGACGAGGACGACGAGAUCUACGAGGGCGAGUACCAGGGCAUCCCCCGCAAUGACUCCCUGAAGGCCGGGGACCAGCUGGCCGACAACCAGCAGGUGGUGAGCGAGUUCAGAGACUUCGAGGACCUGGAAGGGGACAAGAAGAAGGACAAGGAGGAGCUGGCCCAGCAGUACGAGCUAAUCCUGCAGGAGUGCGGCCACGGGCGCUUCCAGUGGACGCUGUACUUUGUGCUGGGGCUGGCCCUCAUGGCCGACGGCGUGGAGGUCUUCGUGGUGGGCUUUGUCCUCCCCAGCGCCGAGAAGGACAUGUGCUUGUCAGACUCCAACAAAGGCAUGCUGGGCCUCAUCGUCUACCUGGGCAUGAUGGUGGGAGCGUUCCUGUGGGGCGGCCUGGCGGAUCGGAUCGGCCGGAAGCAGUGCCUCCUUAUCUCCCUCUCGGUCAACAGUGUCUUCGCCUUCUUCUCCUCUUUCGUGCAAGGUUACGGCACCUUCCUCUUCUGCAGGCUGCUCUCCGGAGUGGGCAUCGGGGGCUCAAUCCCCAUUGUCUUCUCCUACUUCUCGGAGUUCCUAGCUCAGGAGAAGCGAGGUGAGCACCUGAGCUGGCUCUGCAUGUUCUGGAUGAUCGGGGGCAUCUACGCAUCAGCCAUGGCUUGGGCCAUCAUCCCUCACUACGGCUGGAGUUUCCAGAUGGGCUCCGCGUACCAGUUCCACAGCUGGAGGGUCUUUGUCCUGGUCUGCGCCUUCCCCUCUGUCUUUGCCAUCGGCGCUCUCACCACCAUGCCCGAGAGCCCACGCUUCUUCCUGGAGAACGGGAAGCACGACGAGGCCUGGAUGGUGCUGAAGCAGGUUCACGACACCAACAUGCGAGCCAAGGGCCACCCCGAGAGGGUGUUUUCGGUCACCCACAUCAAAACCAUCAAGCAGGAGGACGAGCUGAUCGAGAUCCAGCUGGACACCGGUACCUGGUACCGGCGCUGGAUGGUUCGGAUCCUGAACCUGUUGCAUCAGGUCUGGAGCAACUUCCUGCAGUGCUUUGCCCCCGAGUACCGGCGCGUCACGCUCAUGAUGAUGGCUGUGUGGUUCACCAUGUCCUUCAGUUACUACGGCUUGACUGUCUGGUUCCCAGACAUGAUCAAGCAUUUACAGAACAUCGAAUAUGCCUCCCGCACCAAGCUCUUCACCCGCGAGAAGGUGGAGCACUUCACCUUCAACUUCACCCUGGAGAACCAGAUCCACCGCAACGGUGAAUACUACAAUGACAAGUUCAUCGGCCUCAAGUUGAAAUCCGUCUCCUUUGAGGACUCCCUGUUUGAGGACUGCUACUUCGAAGACAUCACCUCCAGCAACACCUUCUUCAAGAACUGCUCCUUCUUCUCCACUGUCUUCUACAACACAGACCUGUUCGAGUACAAAUUCAUCAACUCCAAAAUGGCCAACAGCAGCUUCCUGCACAACAAAGAGGGCUGCCAGCUGGACUUCAGCGAUGAGAACAACGCCUACAUGAUCUACUUCGUUAGCUUCCUGGGCACCCUGGCCGUGCUGCCGGGGAACAUUGUCUCGGCCCUGCUCAUGGACAAGAUCGGGCGCCUUCGGAUGCUAGCCGGCUCCAGCGUGAUGUCGUGCGUCAGCUGCUUCUUCCUGUCGUUCGGGAACAGCGAGUCAGCCAUGAUCGCCCUGCUCUGCCUUUUCGGCGGGGUCAGCAUCGCCUCCUGGAACGCCUUGGACGUGCUGACGGUGGAGCUCUACCCCUCAGACAAAAGGACGACAGCCUUCGGCUUCCUCAACGCCCUCUGCAAGCUGGCGGCCGUCCUGGGCAUCAGCAUCUUCACCUCCUUCGUCGGCGUCACGAAAGCCGUGCCCAUCUUGCUGGCCUCGACAGCGCUGGCUGUGGGCAGCUCGCUAGCGUUGAGGCUGCCGGAGACGCGCGGGCAGGUGUUGCAGUUAAUCGCUCAAUGGGCCCAUGUGUCAUCAUCUGAAGAUCUGAACAGGCGUGUGGUCCCCGGUGCCCACUCAUCUAAUCAUAGCAGCUGGACACACACCGAGCCAAAAAUGUUAUUUUCAACAAGGGAUGAAAUUGACAAGCACCUGUGUUGGUUUUGCUAGGGGUCUUUGGUGUAAUGGGUGCCAGCCGAGCUCCAAAACAGGGAAUUAAAUAUCUUGCCUUCGCUGCAGAGCUAAAAAGAGAAAUGAACUGUAUUGGGGGGGGGGUCAGUUUAAGGUCACCUAGGUCCACAUUAGACAAUAGAGCAAGGCUGCCAAUUCUCUUCUGAUGCGUAGAGAAGUGUGGCGUACCCCAAGGGGGGAAACGUACUGCUGUAUCAUUUUAAGCGAGAGUUGUAUUUUUUUACAUUUUAGGAGAUAUUUAAGAGUAGUAUAUUUUUCUUUAUUUAUAAUUUUACACCAGAUCUCAGUUUCCCCUCCUCUCGCAAGCUUGCGACCAAGCAUAGCUGAAAGCAAGAGUUUUUGUCUGUCUCUCAGCUCCCCUGCUUCCCCCGCUGGGCUGUCUGAGCACAUCCCAAUGUCUAAUGCUCACAGCCCUACUGUGCGGCAAGUUACAGGCAGGGAAACUGAGGCACAGAGAGACAAAGAGUCUGUCUAUCCUGUGAUCAGAGGAGGGAGUGCAGCACGAGUAGACAUAUCCAACCUAGCUGUGAUCUCACUCGCUUGAAUAACAAUAGCAAUAAAGUUGCAGCACCAGGGACUGUACAAACCCACUCAGCCCCCUGCCUGUGCUCUAGCCUUCACUGCUACCGGUGCGCCAGUUAGCAGGCUCGGGCCUGUCUAUACAUGCUGCAGUCACACCGCUGCAGGGAAUGUAGACGCUCCCUAAGUGACUUGCCCAUGGUCACACAGGCAAUCUGUGGCAGAGGUAGGAAUCGACCCUAGCUCAGGCUCCCUAGCCCAGCUAUCAUUCCUCUGCUUCUCUGGCAGAAAGAAAGGGCAUAAUGUUUCUUCCAUUUACAAAACUUAGUUCAACAAAGGAGGAUGACAAGCGAAGGAUUUGCCCUGGAGAAUUUGCUGGCCCAGGUGGAGGGUGGCGUCAGUUUGAGAGUGAGUUUCAUCUCGUGCACAAGGCUGCGUGGCCACAGUUCACUUUAAACGAGGCUUAUUUGGGUUUAGCUGAAGAUGCUUGAGCACCGGGUUAACAUAAACUGACCUAGCAGCAGCCACACAAGGGUUUGCAGCACUUUAAGACCCACCUUCCGUUAAGCCCACGUAGUUGCUUUGUAGGCGCUAGGUCUUGUUAUCAUCCCCUGGGCCCAAUUCUUCAGUGCCUCAGGCCUUGCAGCGUCAUGUACAGCUGGGUACAGUGAACGCAUAGCGCCACUGCUCUGACGUGCCGGCACUGCACACCCAUUCAGUCCCUUGCACAGCGGGUGCGCACCACUCCCUAGUGAGAAAAGCGGUGAUUUGCACUGAUCAGUGGCUGCACAAGGGGCAAGGCAAAGAGCGAAUCGGCCCCUGGGCCUCCCACGAUGGCUGAUAGCUGGGGGAUCAGAGAAAGGACAUGCAUCAAGCACCUGCAUGUAAUGUGACAGAGAAUUUCCUUCCUGACCCAUGCAACAAUCAUAGCUCCAGUCCUGAAGCAUGACAGUUGAUCGAUGUUAUUUUAGCAGCUAACCACAAGGUUAUUGCUGGGUAGCCAGUCCCUUUAAUAAAGGUACCAAAAGGCCAAGCGCUAUAGUAGGACAAAGGUCCCACCUAGGAGAGGCUCAGCUCAAUCGAAGAAGCUAUAUGUUGGUUUUUCCACCCCACUGUGCAUGGGGCCAGACUGGAUUACGACCACAUUGUAACCUGAGCCAGAAGGGAGCUUGAGUGUUGUCCACACAAGCUCAUUUUAGAAGGCCGGUGUAGAUGGGAGAUUAGAAAACCUGGUCCUGAUGCUGCAGCCUAGUGGACCCCAAUGCAACCUGCUCCAGUGAGGGAGGGCUGCACGACCCAGUUGAGCGUCAAUGUUUCGCUAUCCUAACCAGGCUGUUUGCGCCUCUCUCCUAUCGGCUCGGCAGGCGCGCUUGCCUCCUGGCUGCCUGAGCGACGAAGGGGACUGAUUUUUUAGAAAGAUUUAACUCGAGACCCUGGACUCAGUUUAGAGUCCUGUGGCACCUUAUAGACUAACAGACUAACACUAAGGACUAACACCCACUUCUUCGGAUGUAUUCAUCCACGAAAGGCAUGCUCCUACACGUCUGUUAGUCUAUAAGGCGCCACAGGACUCUUUGCUGCUUUUACAGAUCCAGACUAACACGGCUCCCCCUUUGAUACUGGACUCAGCUUGUUCCUAUCCUGGGUUACACAUUUCUCACCGUAGAGACAAACCACUCUGGGCCAAAAGAGUGAGGCCGCGAUCCGUGGGAAUAGCACAGCUGGUGUGGAUGGCCUUGUGCAGUAAUUUACAACAGACGAACUGAACUCUGGCCAGAAUCUUCAAAAGCACCCACGUCACGUGGGAGCAUCCGUCCCAUUUUCAAAUGUGACAUAGGAGCCUGAGUUUUAUGGACUUUCAAUAGGAUUUGGGCUCUUAAAUCACUCAGCUGCUUUUGAAAAUGUUACCCUUAAGUCCCAUUG